AUGGCCCACUUGGCAGAUGAAGAAGGGGAUGAAUUGAGGCCUCCUGAUCGUGUCAGGGAGGUGGCAGAUGAAGAUGCGCUGACGCCGCCAAAAACCGUCGCUUCGUUUGGAGGUUCACAGCCCUCACGGCGUCGACUGGUCAAGUCGGAGGAAGCCACAGCCGGCCGCCAGGAGGACAUCGACCCCAAGCAGGAGGUGACAACAGAGCAUGGAGAGCCCACAAAGAAGAAGCACCGGGGCCCAAAGCAUCGAAUUGCUUCAGAUGAGCAGGUGGAAGCAGCGACAGGCCUCGACUUGGAAUCCAUGCCGCCUCGGCAGGCAGUGUACGUAUUCCUUUGUCGCUACUGUGGCCGUAGUCUAAAGAAGGGAGAGGAUUUCCAGUACAUUGUGACACCAACAGAAAAGGGCUUCCUUGCAUACAUAUCGGCCCCAGAGUGGAGCAAUGGACUUUACUAUGGCGAAAUCUGUGAGACUGAGAAGGAAGCCGAAGUGAGUGCUGCAAGGAAUUUCAUCUCGUGUCCACAGGUCAUCAGGGCCGCCAAGCACCUUCCACCACCAAUUGGAAUCCUGGUGGCCCACGAGUUCACCAAGAAGCGCCAGGGAGACCAGAGGAACCUUCCUUGUAAGCGCAAAAAGGUGACCUACGCUCCGAUCAAGGAGGCUGCUAUGAACUCAUAUAAUGGAUACCAGGGACGCUGCAACAUGCAGAUGUGGGCAUAA